UCUCAUUCGCCAGACGCUUUCAGCACGGUGUAAUCCCAUCACCGACCCUUUUGGCCCUCGAUCCCCAUCUCAUCCCAUCUUAUUAUAUAGACACCUGAUACUCAUGGGUGCUGGUGCCAGUACGCCCGCCCCCGAGCCUGCCACGGCAGCCGGAGUAUGCCCUGUUGACCACAAAACUCGCGAGGCAUGGCUACAACAAAAUAAAGCAUCCGGAGGAGCUGCUCCUCCUCACCCAAUGCCUUCAGAAGACAGUCAAUCAAAGGCGAAGAUGCAACGUCCACUCUCCACCGAUCGUGAAGUAAGCAGCAUCCCACGAGCCAUCGAACCCCAAUCCCAGCCGUCAUCUCCCGCUUCACCCAACGCUCCGCCAUCACCAUACUCUUCCCCGAGCGCAUCGCACGGCGCGCCAUCGAACGACGAGGCUGAGACAGGCCACGACCCCAACACUGGCAACUGGAUCUAUCCGUCCGAGCGACAGUUCUUCGAGGCGCUGAUGCGCAAGGGCAGCACACCUUCUUCCACAGAAUCGGCUUCUGAACUGGCCACCACUGUCGCGUCCAUUAUCCCUAUUCAUAACGCUGUCAACGAGCGCGCAUGGCAGCAAAUCCUGGAAUGGGAGAGUCGAGCUCCCAGCAGUGACCCCGGCAGCAAGAAAUGUGGUGGCCCCAAACUGUACUCAUUCCGCGGCUUAGGUGUUGACCCUCAAUUCCUGAGCCCUCGGGCGCGAAUCAACAACCUGAUGGGCUACCAGCUACCCUUUGAUCGACAUGACUGGGUUGUGGAAAGGUGUGGUGGAGAAAGAGUCGAAUACGUUAUCGACUUCUACCAAGGCAAGACAUCGGGAGGGGCCACCGGCGCUGGAUUGGCCGCCAAUGCUGGUCCGGGUAAAUUGAGCUUCUACCUGGACGUCCGGCCUAAGAUGAACACCUGGGAGGGCUGCCGUAUGCGGUUCAGCAAGUUCGCGGGACUGUAGGCAGUCCGACGCAUUUUCCUCAUUGAUUUACGGUGCACGUGUACAGGCGAACACAAGGAGUUUCGGGUCUCUUGGGUAAAUUCAUCUCAGUGUACAAUCCAUGUAUAACGGAAACUAUGUAUGAUAUCAAGCAUAGAAAGACAGUACGAACGUUGUAGAUAGAUAAACAUCCUCUGCUCCAUAUGCGCCGGUCAUUCAUUAAGAGAAUCGUGAGUGA